CCCAUAGAGCACAUCUUUCAGAAAACUUUCCGAAAAAUAUGUACUGUGGGGGACAGGAACAAACAAGUCAAAACAUAUCCUUUCUUAUAGGCUAAUGGGAUGAAAGAGAGACAAAAGAAAGGUACAUAUAUUAUAGAUUUAACGACUACUGUUACGGAUAAAUAAAACAAAGCAAGAAUGAAUAUGUCAGCGUGUCAGUUGAUUGACGGCAAUUAGUCAAAUAAUAUGUAUUGUUAAAAAUACAAAAAAUAGGAAUGCUAUGCUCUAGCGUCAGGCGUUAUAUCGAUGAUGAUUUACUGUCAAUCUGUGGACUAAUUGGGUUUGAGCCAACUAUAGAUUUUCAGUACUGUUCAGUACUUAUAGCUGACACUAUUGGCAUGUAGUAAUAAUAUUGGAACACAGCCAAAGAAAACAAACUGUUUUAUCAUCCUUGCUCUCGCGUGACUAGUGUGAGGCGUAAAUCGCACGAGGUCACUACUGCAGCUAGCACGGUGGCGUCCUCGCACCGGCGAAUCGUAGAACUAUCGAAUGGCGGUGUAGAACCAUAACCUCGAAGCAGGCUAAUCUUGACGGAAGUGGAAUUGCCGCAUCGAUUUUUCUUUGAUUUCGACGAACGGCGGGCAGGAUUCUCAUUACGCGGGAGUAGCGUGAACAACAUCCCGUCGGGUAUGUCGCACGUCGUCGUGUUAUCGAGCCGCGCGACGUAUUAGGAGGGCGACAACGACGACGACGCACACGGAGAAUGGCCUCCCCGAAGCGCGGAGUGCGAUGAAUCAGUUAUUAUGUUGCCCUCGACCGGCUACUUUAAGGCGAUAAAUUGCCCGUUCUAUGACAGCGGCUCGUGCGACCGGCCCUAUUGUCACUUCAAGCACUCCAGGCGAGAAGAUGCAGGUGCAACAGGAGUGGCAGGUGUGGUGGAGGCCCAGACUACGGGCCAGAUACAGGAGGAUAUACGUACUGACGUUGUAUCCUCGGCCCCUGACAUGUUGCAACAUCUGGUGACAGAAGCUGUGAAGAAAGUACUCGCAGAUCAGGAAGUCACCGAUACAGAGAAGGUUUCGCAGAACAUUGUCUCUCAAGUGGUGGAGGGGCUCAAGCCAACUCUGUCCUCUGGUUCUACCGCCUCUGCGCUGCGCAACGCUACACCCAGCGUAGGAAAACAUCUUACGAUUCCCACCCCCAUAACGAAACCAGUCGCUUGUGUUUACAAUCCGACGCCGAUAGCGGAAUUGAAGAAACGGCAUAUACCCGUGGUCUCGUACAUGCCAAUUAGGGAGAGCAGAGUGGCUGUGAAACGUAAAUUCUCGCCGGAAAGGACUAAACCCUGGUCGAACGUGGUCAUUCAGGAGCCUAGCAGCUCUCAGGUCACGCCUGAGAUCACGUAUAAACCCACGACAAUAGUGAACACGACCGAUCAGGAUGCCAUACAGGGUUACGUGCCGACGCUUAAGUCGGACGCGUCCUCGUCAUCGAAUUCGUACGACGACGGUAAUUCGAACGAUUAUCAACUUAAAUUCAAGGAAGUAUACUAUCCAAAAUCGAAAAAGAAAAGGGAGGAGUACGUCCCGAAAAAGAUCAAAGCACCUUUGAAGACGGUACAGCAAUUAAACGACGCCGCUCAGUUCGAUUCCGAGUUUGAUAUGUUAGAUGAGAUCAUUACUUCUAAUUCUCACGUCACUCCUCUAACUUUAGAACAAUCCAAAGCGUCGACCAGCGAGGACUCGCAAGAUUAUUCCUAUGUCGAACCAAAGUUCUCCGACGACGACGACGACGAUGACGAACCUAUGGAAGACACAUCUGUAGACAACCAUAAUGAAAAAAAGUCCAAGCAAAUUGAGGAUGUAAAUGAGAAGGAGAAGGAGAACUUGCAACAUACAGGAAUUGUAGAUACUACAGAUAAACAAACAAGCAAUAAAGAUAAUAAAAUACACAGUAAUCAUUAUGAUGCUAAAACGGGUGAUAUAAAAAGUAGCGAUAGAUCUAAGCAGCAUGAAGCGAGCGACUCGAGGAAAUUUUCGGAAAAAAGAGAGGGCCCUGUAAGGGAGAGUACUGAUAAGAAAAGUCGACACGAGAGUCGUAAUAAAAGUAAGGAAAAAGAUCAAAAAGAUCGUCAUAGUUCCGAAAGAAGAGAUAAAGAAAAAUCUAAACAGAAAUUGGACUCCAGAGAUAAGCACCGCUCCUCCUCUAGCAGAGACAAGGAUAGAAGAAGCAGUCGCGAUAGUAAAGAUUCUUCGCGGAGCAAAGAACGUUCGGAGUCACAAAGACACAGACAUAUCUCUCCGAAGAAAGAGCGGAACGAUAGCCGUAAGUCUAGCCGGCACGACAAGCAUAAAUCAAGUUCAAGUUCAUCCCGUUCCAAAUCGAGUAAACACACGUCGAGUAGAAGUGACGAUAGGAAGCAUCACUCGGAAUCAAAUCGAAGAUCCAGUGAUUCGUCCAGAAAGUCCAGCAAGCACAAAGAGAGCAGUAGUGAAAGGAAUUCAUCCGAUAGAUCUGAUAGUUCUAUAGUCAGUAUUCACUCUAUUAAUAAUGAGAUUUUAGAACUGUCAGAUUCUGAUCAUGAUGUACAAGAAGAAUGCUUAAGAAUUUUUCAGGAAUAUCAAGCAUCGGACUAUCCAAAACUAGUAUCAAUCAAAAAAUCAUUGAAAGAAGAAACUGAAAAUGUAGAAGACGUAGAAACUGGGAAAAAAAGAGUUGCGCAUCCUUCGGCAGCCACAAGUGUCUCUAGACAAUUAGGUCCUACUCAGCCACCAAAAAAGCUUAUAACUCCGCAACAAAAAAUGUAUGAGCGAUGGCGUUUGAUGCGAGAAGCGGCAGCUGAAAAAGCCGCAGAAAAGGCAGCGGCCGCAAAAGCCGCGGAGAAGGCGUCAGCUAACCCGAAGACUCAAGUUUCACCUAUAUCAGCAGAUAAGUUUUCGAGUGUUACCAUGCAACGUGCAUUAGUACACAAAGAACAUGUUGAGUCUACCUCAUCGAUAAGUAAUAGUGACGUGCUGCCGAAUACGAAUGGUCGCAUUCGAAUUGCUCAUGUCCCAUAUGCAAAAUCCCUUGCAUUGGAAAAGAAAAAAGUCAUAACAGCGGGGAAGAGCGGGGAUACUAAGGAGGUAGAUAACAAAACAAUAGCGCAAACAACAAAGGGUGGUGCACGCGUCGCUCAUGUACCGCAGGUGGUGCCUCAACUUGUACGGCCAGAACCGCUACAAGUCGCCACCCAGAAGUUUCCUUUAAAUGUCCGUCAGUAUUAUAUUAAUUUAAUGCAUGAUAUAUGCGUGCAAAUUUAUACAAACUGUGACGACGCGGCACAACGAGCCGUCAGAGAAGAACUCGCGUGCCACGAAAGGUGUAAGGCGCUCGCGGUAUAUAAGAGUUCGUGCAUGCUAGCAGCUCAUAGAUUAAGGAAGGAGGUAGAUCAAAGCAAUUCGAAUGAAAGAUCCAUUGGUUCAAGUUGCGGGACAAUGUCCCACGAAGCUGUUCUUGCUGGUAAGUCGAAAGGUUCUUGGAGCGUAGUUAAAACCAAGAGGACCAUGACAGAUUUUAAAGGACCAGCGCUCUACAAUAUGCUCAAGAAAUGGAUCAUGACAGAACAGCAGCUUAGAGAUAACGGAUUUCCACGUAAACAUCCUGAUGGUACAAAGGGACGAGCAAUGGUUUAUGUAAUGAAUACACGAAACCAAAGCGUUUUAUCAAAAGUGCCUAAUGAAAGAAUAUGCAGUCGAUGUGGCCAAGCUUAUAUGAUAGACAAACAAGGGUUUGCUGUGCGACAACAAAAUUGUAUAUAUCAUUGGGGCAGGAAGUUUACGGUUAGAGGCGAAGGCAAGUAUAGUUGUUGUCAACAAUACGGUUCCGCCACUGGUUGCUGCGAUGCGAAGACGCACGUAUGGGAUUACACAGACUAUGAGAAUCUUCGUGGUUACGUUAAGACUUUAUCGAAAGAUAUUCCUGUCGAUGAGCAAGGUGUUUACGCACUCGACUGUGAAAUGUGUUAUACUACACAAGGCUUAGAACUAACUAGAGUAACAAUUAUUGACGAAGAUUGUAAGGUGAUUUACGAAACAUUAGUCAAACCGCACAAUCCGAUAAUUGAUUAUAAUACGAGGUUUUCUGGGAUCACAGAAGAAGACAUGAAGGAUGUGACGACAACUAUUUUAGAUGUACAAGCCACGCUCCUCACAAUGUUUUCGGAUAAAACAAUCUUGGUUGGUCACAGUCUUGAAAGCGAUUUUAAAGCUUUAAGGCUACUCCAUGAUACCGUUGUGGAUACUAGCGUCAUGUUUCCCCAUAAGAAUGGUUUUCCACAAAAAAGAGCAUUAAAAAAUCUCAGUUCCGAAUAUCUCAGAAAGCUCAUACAAAAUGACGUUGGCGGACAUGACAGUAAAGAAGAUGCCGUCGCUUGUAUGGAGUUAAUUCGCUGGAAAGUAAAGGAAGAAGCCAAAUUACAGUGAAACAGUGCUCUCAAUUUUUUAAGAACAAGCACGCUGCGAUUUUUAUGUAUUUAAUAACAUAUUUUUCGCUUUUGCAAUACUAUUGACAAGAUAUUGUUAAAAACAGCCAACCCUGAAUAAAUUUAAUACAUUUGUUAAGUAGGCUUGUAGAAGUUAUUAGAGAAAUUAUUAGAGUAUAAACAUUAUUAUAUUAUUAUUUGUUCGCUCGAUAUAAAUUUGAACAAUUAACUUAUUUAUUAUUAGUAAUAUUUAUUAUUUUUGAAUUUCCAAGAUUGCCUAUCUGAAUCAACGCCUUCGUUUUUAUGUGAGUAUUGAAUAUAUAUACAUGUAUAAAUUAUACUAAUUACAUACUACAUGUAAGUUGUAUAAAUACGUAUGAAUUGAAUGCGUAAAAAUGAUAUGUAUGUAGUAAUUAGUACAAUUAGUGAUAUACAUUCAAUAAAUCAUGCAGAAACAAUGGUGUUGGUUUAGAGAAAGAGGUAGGUAAUUUUCGAAAUUUAUCUCUAGAACCUUAUAUUAUUUAUUAUUUUUCAUAGAAGUACAUAUUUAAAAUAUAAUAAUACAACUUAUAUGCAAAACUGAAUUGUUUCAUGAUUAUAAUUAGUUUUCGAGUAAUUGUACAGUGAAGUUUUUUUUAAAUAAAAAUAGAAUAUUAUCGCAUCUAUAUGAAACAUGUCUAAGUAAUUCAUAAAAUAACAAAAUCAUGAAAAAUAAAUUAUUAAUAUAUUAUCAAUUAUAAAUUAAUUGUUCAAAUUUUGACCAAAACUUUCAUUGGUCAGUCUUUAAUUAUAUCUUGUUAAUAGGAAAGCGCUGGCCAGUAAUGUUGCGCAUACUUUACUGCCUACAUUUUGUAUACUGUAUUAUAUCUUCUUGUGUAUAAAUAUGUAAUAUACACUCAUUAUCCUUGAUUUAGAAUUUCUUUACAGACUAAAUUUGGAAUUAUUUAACUAAAAAAUUAUAUUUUGCGAUAUUCAUUUUUGUUUAAUUUGGACUCGGAACAUAAAAUACUAUUUGAUAAAUAAUAGAGAGAAUCAAUGCAGAGAAUUUAAUAUGCUUUAUGACAUUUUGAAUAAUAUUUUUAUACUCUCUGUUAUAUUAUUACUUAUUUAUAUUUUGUAGCAUUAAAAAGAUAAGAUACGUUG